UCCGACGAGUAACAUCUCGCAGUCCUUCUCCAAAACAAUCCAAGUGACAACGUUCUCUUUGCCAGUUCUCCUCGCAAGUUAUUCUCGAAAAUGAUGAAAUCUGUUGUGGUCCUGAUGUGCCUGGUCGCCGUCAUCUGCGCCGCCUCUGAAGUCGACUAUAUCCGACGACGCAGCAGCGUGGUUGUUGGUAAACCGAUGCAAGUUCCAGUUUUCCCGCCUAAAAGGAACGUGAACCAGCAGAAGAGGCAAGUGGAUUUCGAUGCUGGAUCUCGCCCUGCCGCCGCGUCAGCCAGACAACAGGCCGCGUCUGUUCCCCUGCAACAGGCUUUCCGUCCUGCUCCUCCGGCCGAGUUCCGUCGCCCCCAACAGGCACGCCCUCAACAGGAACGCGCUCAACAAGAUCGUCCUAUUCAGGAACGUCCCCAACAGGAAGUUGAUGCUGCCAUCCGAAGUGUAGCCCCGUCGUCUUUCGCUUCCGCCGCAGCUCCGGAGCAGACUUUUAAUGCAGCCAGGGAUAACGCCGAGAGGCCCGCUGAGACACCCAUCGAGAGACCCGCUCGCCAGCAAGCUGCCCAACGUCCAGCUCGCCCAGCUUCGGUAGGUGCUGAGCGCCCCAACAGGAACCCCGAAUACGCCGGAGGUUUCCCCUCUGGAUUCACCAGCGGCCUUCCUUCUUUCGACUUCCAGGGACGCAUGCCCGAGCCGGAUGCCAAAAGCGAAGGAUUUAUGGAUUCUGCUUUGAACGAUUUCCCUAACUUGAAAGCUUUGGGCGGAUUCGAUGCUUUCCCUGAUGUUGCCCGUGAAGGAGACAGCGCAGCAAAGAGACCCGCCCAGAACCGACCUGCCCGACCUAGUGCUCAGAAAAGCAAACGGGCAACUCCAAGUGGCAAUUUGACCAACGAUCCAUUGCCGAAAAACCUAUCGAAACGGAAUAAGAAUAAACCCAUCGUUCUGGAAGAUGACGAAGCCAUGCUGGAACCGGAUUUCUCGCCCAUCAAACGAUCCAGCAAACAGCCGACUGAUAUUGCCGACAUCAUUGCCGAUUCCGUAGGAGAAGAACAGCGUUUCAAUCCGACUUUCCAUCCGAAUAACGGCCCGUACGGACGUGCCCCAGCACCGGCACCUGCAAAUCCACCAUCAGUGCCCACCUCGUCCUUCCGUUCACGUCGCCCGUCUUCCGUCGGUUCAUCGCCUAGCAAUAAAAACAGACAGAAUCAAAGGUCUCCGUACGUGGCCGACCAGUUCAAUGAAUUCGUCGAUGGCGAGAAUGGACUUUUGGGUUCGGGCAAUUUCGACGUGCUGGGCGGUGGGGUCUUCCGUGACACGGUCGAUUAUCAAAGGCCUUACGUCUCGUCGCAACCGCAGUAUUACCCGCCUAGUUCACCAGCGCCACCGCUACAGCACGACACUUUCAGGCCCCAUCAGCCUUUCUUCCCGUCCGUCCAGCAAUCACCGCCUAUCGGCGAUCAAUUUGGAAAUUUCGUUCCACCGCUGAAGCCUUCUCUUCAUCAACAACAGGGGCCGCAUAAUAAUAAUAAUAAUAAUAACAAUUACGGCAACGUCCCCACGUUCCCGAGCUCGUUCUUUAAUGACGAUGACUUCUUUUCCAACUUUCGAGACUUUGCUGACGUCAAUCAAGACUACCGCAACUGAUCUAUUUGGAAUUCGGUAUUCAUUUUUUGAUAGACA